GAUCUACAUCACCCCAAAAUAAUGGCACCUAUUUCAAACAUGUCAUCUCCUCAAACAGGAAAAUUUCAUCAGUACGAGCCUACCACAGCAAAGUGGUACUGGACGCUUCGAGUGACCAUAGCCCUGUUUACGAUACUUGGCAACGGGCUUUUGAUAGUUCUUUUAAUGACGAGACGUAAGCUACGGCGUAACCUUUCAAACCGGUUUGUCUUCUCAUUGAACCUCGCGGACCUGUGCGUGGGCUUGUUUGUGACCCCACCCGAACUGCUCUGUACCCACUGGGUGAGCUGCUCUCGAGAAACGCAGCUAGCGAUGUACGAGUUUUUUGUAUAUACGUCUGUACUGUGUCUCUGUGUAGUGACGUGGGAUCGUUACAAGUCAGUGACUCGUCCUUUGACGUACCCAGUAGUCAUAACUGUCAGACAGUACGUGAUUCCUAUUGUCUUGUGCUGGGCAGUGCCUUUUGUGGUAGCCCUUCUUCACUUCACCUACUUACUUGACGACCGCGAGAAAUUUGCCUCGCCUAUGAAAGUGUUUACAACAGUGGAAACCGUAUUUUUCAUUGCGCUUCCUUGUCUCGCACUACCACUUGCUUAUCUACACAUCGUCUGUAUCAUAAGGAGACACAAAGACCGCGAAAAACGCCAGCAAGACCAAGUUGACUACAACUACUCCUCGGCAGUGCUGAGCGACCACGAUGACGCGCUCAGAGAAACCGAGUUCUCCGCUUCGAACCUGAGCACGCGUGCGCACGAGCCACCUCCAAGCGACAAGCUGAGCGUGUGUGGACCAGACUCCGAUAUUGAGCGCUCCACAGAUAAUGGCCGUUCCGUGCCACUAAAACCAAAACAGCGUCACCCAAACCAUGACCGCUCCAUUACUGUUCUUGGUAUUGUGAUCGUAGUUUUCGUUGCUUGUUGGCUUUUUGCCGCCUACCUCCAUUUCGAAGAAGUUGGUGACAUUUCUCAUCCAGAGCCUGACACGACGAUGAACUUGUCUUGGUUGCUGUUGUUGGCCCAUUCAGCUAUGAACCCACUUGUCUAUGGGUUCGUCAAGAGAGACAUUAAAAAAGAAAUGGGCAAAUGUCUUAGGUGCCAAAAAUAUUGAAUAACUUAAAUGGCGACACUAAUUCUGUGACGUUAACAUCCGAAGAUUGUACUUUUCGUGACAGCUGUUCAUGCAGUCAAGUCGCUUGAUAAGGAUUGACCCAGCCCAGUCCCUCUACGUCCGUUCUCACUCGGUCAAUCCUGGACUCUACCGGAACCGUUUCCCAGACUUCGCGCGGGCAGGAGACAACGCCUAGCGACGGGGCGCAAGGAGAGACCCUCUCUCCUAACGCCAUGCCUAAGGACUUGGCUGGGACUGGCCAGCACUAGGAUGACAUGCAAGCGUCGCGCUUGAUACGUAGUAGUGCUCGGAGAAGACACUCCCUUGGAGACAGGUCUUGUUUGGGAGUUGAAAUUACAGAUUUUGGUCUUACUUAGGGUGUUCAGAACGAAAUAUCAGUAUUUUUGGCCAUAAAGGUAUCAGUUGGGGUUGUGCGUAGAGAAUUAACCAUAUAAAAAGACAAAUGCUGUCACACUUUGUUGGAAUAUGGUCUCCUUUCAAGAAGGGGUAAAAUAAAGCCCAGUCCCACCCAGAUUAGUAACCUUUAGGGAUCUAAUUCUAAUUUUUGAAAAAUUUUCCCUGUCACUUUCACACAGGAGCAAGGGGGAAUUGAAUAAGAGAAUUGCUUCCAGCCACAAGACCAAGCCGAAACCUUCAUUUAGUCAGGUCACGGUUGUCGGGUUUUGAAAAGAGUUCUUGUAGAGUUGAUGAAAAAAACCCUUUCUAGCAAGGCCAACUCUACGCAGACAUUUGGUUGGAAUUACAUACGAACAAGGCUUAAUACAAAUUUAUAAUAUACAAGCUAACACUUCAGUGACGGUUAUACUCGCAUCUAAUUUUUUAAAGUAGCCUAUAGAGUAGUAGGUUAGAUCGAGAUUUUUGAUCAGAGAACCUCAUCGACAUAUAUCAGACCGCAUUUGAGAUAUACAACCAACGGUUUUAUAGUGAACUAGCUCAAACAACGCACUUUUGAGUACUGCAUACACCUAUAUAGCUUGUAUAAGCCCGGAGUUUUAUGACUUUUAUACGAUAAAUCAGUUGAGGUCUUAAACGUACAAUCAAAGCCGUAAUGUAAGUGAUUUAAAGAAAUAAAGAAUACAGAAACCAG